AUAGGAAUUGAGUUUUGUUUUGAUUUUUUUUCACGUUUCAAGAGAAUUUCGUCAGCUUUUCAUUUCUGAAAAAAUUUUGAAAAAGGUUGUGUUUUGGCUGAGAAAAGUGAUAAAAAUGGAGAACCUGCGCAAAUUGAUCGUGAACACGUACCCAAGAAAUCCAAAAGCGAGCUAUUCUGAAAUCGGAAGGAUCACCGGAAAGUGUCCAUCCACGGUGCGAAGGGUUAUAUUACGCUUCAAGGAACUCAAGACUGUUGUUCGAAAGCCAGGAUGUGGCAGAAAACCUGGAGCUGUAGACAAGAGGAUGGAGAAGAGAGUGUUGGCGCUUUUCCAGAACCAACCUUGCCUUUCAGUCAAAGAUGUGGGCAAAAAGCUGGGUAUCUCCAAGAGCUUAGUGCAGAGAAUCAAAGAAAAUAACGGAUUGAUAACGUACAAAGCUCAAGCUGCUCCCCAUCGCACGGACAAGCAGAGGCAAAGUGCCAAAACGAGGUCGAGAAAUCUGAGUGAUCGAGUUUUGAAAGGCUUUCAAGGAUGCAUUUUGAUGGACGACGAAACUGUCGUAAAAGGUGAAUUUACUCAGUUGCCCGGCCAACAGUUUUACACGGCGAAGACUCGUACGGGUGUAGCCAGCAAGUACAGGUUCAAAGAGUACGACAAGUUCCCGAAGAAAUAUGUGGUUUGGAUGGCAAUCUGCUCUUGUGGACGUCGCAGCGAAGAAUUUUUCAUGACAGGGACGAUGAACGCGAAUAUCUACCUUAAAGAGUGCCUCCAAAAAGGACUUUUGCCACUGUAUCAAAGCCACGACAUCCCUCCUCUAUUGUAGCCUGAUUUGGCAUCAUGUCAUUACGUGAAAGUCACCCUGGAAUGGUUUUCCAACAACAAUGUCAAAUAUGUAGAUAAGAAGGUCAACCCGCCCUGCACUCCAGAAGUCCACCCCAUUGAGAAAUACUGGGGAAUUUUGAAAGGAAACUUGAAGAAGAAGGCUAAUCCAGCCAAAGAUUUGCAGAACCUCGCACGAAAGUGGAAGAAAGUCGUCAGAGAUCGUGGGGACGACCUUAUCCAGAGCCAAAGAGUAGGCAGUAAUGAAGAUGGUGCGAGAUUUCGCGGAGAAACCGCUUGAAUAAAAAAAACAUAAAGUGGAUUUGAAUCACAAUGAAAUACCCUUUCAAGAAAUAUAAAUAGUAUUUUUAUAUGUACUAUAGCUUUUCAAUGAAAUACUAUAUUUUUUAAUUUAAAUCUGGGACACGCUUUACAUCAUCGACAUUUCUUUGUAUUGGGUCCUGCCACGACUAUUUUCCGCAGUCAUCGUCCGUGUUCUUAAAACACCAAACAGUCAUGACAGAAACCAAUAUAAAGAAAAGUCGAUAAUGCAGAAGCACUUGAGAAUAGUAAAGUGCUAAAAAAUAUUCAUUUUGGUGUUUCUGUAAUCCUUAUCAUUUUGAUAUCUCAAUGAAAAAUUAACAUGUUUUUUUUACCAUUUUACUGUUCUCAAGUGCUUGUGCAUUUUCGACUAUUCUUUGUGUUGAUUUCUGUUACAAUUGUUUGGUUGUUUUAGACAGAAACCAACACAAAGGAAAAUCGAUAAUGAAGAAGCACUUGAGGAUAGUAAAGUGCUAAAAAAUAUUCAUUGUAAUUGUUCCUGUCUUAACUGUUUUCCUCACACCUCGUCGGGUUUCAAAGCCAAUACAAAAAAUGUCGAUAUUGCAGAAGCACUUGAGAACAGUAAAGUGCUAAAAAAAAAUAUCCAUUUUGGUAUUCUUGUAAUCCUGAUCAUGAUGCUAUCCCAAUUGAAAAUGAACAUGUUUUUCUUAGUACUUUACUGUUCUCAAGUGUAUCUACAUAAUCGACUUUUCUUUGUGAUUGUUCCUGUUUGGACUAUUUUCCUCAGUGCUCAUCGCAUUUCAAAACCACCAAACAGCCGUGACAGGAACCAACACAAAGAAAAGUCGAUAAUGUAGAAGCACUUGAGAACAGUAAAGUGCUAAAAAAUAUUCAUUCUGGUGUUUUUGUAAUCCUUAUCAUAAUGAUAUUUCAAUGAAAAAGUAACAUGUCUUUUUAGCAUUUUACUGUUCUCAAGUUCUUGUGCAUUUUCAACUUUUCUUUGCUAUGGUUCUUGUCUCAACUGUUUUCCUCAGACCUCAUCGGGCUUCAAAGCCAAUACAAAAAAUGUCGAUAAUGCAGAUGCAUUUGAGAACAAUAAAUUGCUAAAAAAAAUACAUAUUCAUUUUGGUGUUUCUGUAAUCCUCAUUAUGCUAUGCCAAUUGAAAAUGAACAUGUUUGCUUUUGCACUUUACUGUUCUCAAAUGCUUCUACAUUAUCGACUUUUCUUUGUGUUGCUUCAUGUCUCGACUGUUUUCCGCAGUAUUCAGCACGUUUCAAAAGUCGUGACAAGAACCAACACAACAAAAGUCGAUAAUGCAGAAGCACUUGAGAACAGUAAAGUACUUAAAAAAAACAUGUUAAUUUUUUAUUAGAAUAGCCUUUAGUCCUCCAGUCUGAGCAUGUUUUUACAAAUAAAAAUCUUUGCUGUUUCUUUUUUUUUAAAGGGUUUUCCGGGAAAAUUGGCACGAGUAAAUUUAUGAAAAUUUUUGCCCUAACAAAGUAUACUCAAUAAAGAGAUGAAAGAAAAAAAGAAGCACACUACUUGCCGGUGGAGAUUCAGUUGCCAUCGACGGAAGAGUCGCACAUUGAGACGGAAUUCUUUGGCACACAGUAGCCAUCGGAGUUGGUGCCUGUUGUAAUUCUCUCGAGGCUGUGAUUUGAAUUGGAGUUAUUAUUGGUUUUUGGUGGAAUUGGUGGUGGACAAACCCCAUCGAGACUACCAGAACCCACCAAUCCAGCCGCCAAUGACAUAAGUUCUGCCGCCUGAAUAUUCAAUACUUCCGGAUUGGAACUUGUUUUGUGAUGUCCACGUAUAUGAUAAUCCUCAUAUGUAUUGAGAUUAUUGAGUUGAUUGAGAUCCGUACUACUUGUUGAUAUACCCGAAUCACGAAAAUCAACACCAACAUCGUGAUUAUUUUGUUCACUAUUUGUAUCUGAAUCAUCCAAACUGAU